UCUAGUACCUUCUCUUCACUCUCUCCUUCCAAUUUCUUCUUCUCACUAUUCACUUUUCUUUUUGUUAUUUACUCGGGAAAUAUCUUCCGGUUUCCAGGAAUUUCAUUUCCCGGGAAAAAAAUAAAGCAGAACUGUUAUCUAUUCACUGUUCAGAUACACUCGGCCACUGGAUACUUGUUCCGAUUGAGGUUAAAAUUGUGAAAUUAUCGCUUCAGAAAGUUAGCUUAUCAGAUACUGUUACAUGGCUGCUCUGGAUCGAAGUGAGCAACUAAGCAGCAAUGCAGAAAAUGGGAGUUGCAAUUCAAACGAAGGAACAAAUCCAGAAACCAGCAGUAAUUGGAUUGAAAACGCUGUUAAGGUUAGGAAGCCGUACACAGUAACUAAGCAGAGAGAAAAGUGGAGUGAGGCAGAACAUGAGAGAUUCCUUGAAGCUAUAAAGCUUUGUGGUCGUGCUUGGCGUCAAAUCGAAGAACAUAUAGGUACGAAAACCGCUGUUCAGAUUCGAAGCCACGCUCAGAAGUUUUUCUCCAAGGUGACUCGGGUAGCUGACAAUAUGAACGAUGUCUCAGAUAAAGCUGUUGUAAUCCCGCCUCCUCGUCCAAAGAGAAAACCGGCACAUCCUUAUCCUCGGAAAUCGCCUGUUCCAUAUCCUCACUCUCCUUCCUCAAAUCUGUCAGCUAUGGAGAAAGGAACAAAUUCUCCAACCUCAGUUCUAUCAGCAUUUGCUUCAGAGGAUCAAAUCAAUAGUUGCUCCUCACCUAACUCUUGUACCAGUGACGUCCAAUCAUCCAUUGAUAAGAAGAAUGACAAUGCAGCAUCCAACCAAUCUCUCAAAGAAGAUGCUGCCAUUGGUUCUACUCCAGUCUCAAGCAUUAUGCUAUUCGGGAAGGUUGUCCUUGUGGGGGAAUCUGAUGAACCAUCCCCUUACGAAGAUUAUGUUGAUGAUCUUAAAUCUAUGGCAGACAAGACGGGUCAAGAGAAUCACUACUCAUGGAUAGAGAAAUCUACCUCCCACAUUGAUCCUAGGAACGUCAAUACUGAUUUGUCUCUUGGGGUAUGUGAAAUGUCUUGUACUGGUUCUAAUGUGUUUGGCUCGGUCAAAGAAAUUUCAGAGAACUUGGAGAGGAGUGCAGAGCCCAUUAAUUCAACAUGGAGACGGUUAAACUCGUUAGAAAAACAAGAAUCCUGUUAUCAUUCAAAUGGGUUUAGGCCAUACAAGAGAUGCUUAUCAGAAAGAGAAGUGACAUCGUCAUUGUCGUUGGUAACUUCAGGAGAAGAGAAAAGCCGGAGAAGAGCACGUGUAUGCUCGUAGCGAAAGCACAAUGCCCACCUUUGUAUAGUUGCUACAAACCACAGUUUUAGUAUUGAUUUUGGUGAUCUGAGAACAGUGUUUCGCCAUUGUUGGGAGACUCGGAGAGCAAAACACUCUGACGAACCAAAUCCAAAUCCAAACGGAUUGGUAUUUUACUUGUAAUGAAUUUUCUUCCACUGUCACACAUUAAAUAGGCAGUUCCUUUUUCUUCAUAAACAAGUGUAUUUAUUUAGGCACCAAAUUGUUACUCUGUUUUUAGCUCAAGUAUUCAUCAAUUUCAGUCAAGUUCU